AUGUCGUCCGACCACGAAGACUUCCACGACGAAAUCCCGCAGCCGAUCGAGACGGACCUCUAUGGCAUCCUGGGGGUCAGCGAAGAUGCCACCCCGGACCAGAUCAAAUCUGCCUAUCGCAAACAAGCGCUGAAGAAUCACCCAGACAAGGUAUCGGCCGACUCCAAAGACGAAGCCAACGAGAAAUUCCAACAGAUCGCCUUCGCCUACGCCAUCCUCUCCGAUGAGAAACGACGCAAACGAUUCGACCUGACCGGCAGCACAUCCGAAGCCGUCGAGGAAGAUGGCGACUUCAAUUGGAUGGACUUCUACCGCGAACAAUUCUCCAGCGCGAUCGAUGAGAAUGCCCUGGAUCAGUUCAAAAAGGAUUACCAGGGGUCCGAGGAGGAAGAGCGGGACGUGCUCGCGGCGUUUGACAAGUACCGCGGCGAUCUGGACAAGGUCUACGAAUCUGUCAUGCUGUGCAAUGUGAUCGACGACGACAAUCGAUUCCGCACCAUGAUCGACAAGGCCAUCGACGAGGGCAAGGUCGAGAAGCACGCGAAGUAUGCGAACGAACCAGAGAAGAAGAAACAGCAGCGAUUGAAGCGGGCGCAGAAGGAGGCCAAAGAAGCGGAGAAGCUGGCCAAAGAGCUGGAGGAGAAAAAAGACGAUAAGAAGAAAGGGGGACAGAAGAAGAACAAGAAGGACACGCCGGCGAAUGACAACGAUCUGCUAUCGAUAAUCCAGGCGCGACAGGCUUCCCGGGCGGAUUCGUUUUUCGACCGGCUGGAGGAGAAAUAUGCCGGGGGCAAGAAGCGGACCGGGAAGUUCGACGAACCCCCGGAGGCAGCGUUCGAGGCGACGGCUGCUCGACAGACGUCGAAGAAGAAGAAAACCAAGGCUUGA